GGUGCUGGGACAAAGUGAGAUCGACACAGCCAGAUAUCUGGUCAAUAGGAAUGCAGAAGGUAGAAUGGGGGUGGUUUACAUUUUCCUAUUACCAUGUGUUAUGGUGGGGAACGGGGAUGCCUUUGCUCUAGUGUGUGAAUGCAUAAAUCAAUAUAAACUAUUUGGCUGUCUGUCACUGUGUGCUUGUGUGUGAGAAGGGGGGGGAGGUGUGUGUCUGUGAACAUGCAUCUUUCAAUCCAUUACUGUUUGUGGAUUCUGAAAGCUAGUAAGAUUGUUAUAUGACAAGACUUUCAAAAUUCCAUUCUGCACCUCAAUUGAUUGGUGGAUAGGAGGAAAGUGUGAUGGGGUGUCAGGGUGCUUCGCAUCUCUGUGUUUUGAGGAGUGGAAACAUGUGUAUGCAUAUGUGGUUAUGAAUAGGAAGAAGACUAUGCAUCUGCCAGUUUCUCUGUAUAUUUGUGUGUUUGUGUGAUGGAGGAAGUUGGUGUUUCUAUGUAUGUAGCCCUCGACCCACCAUUGCAAGUGGAUCCUAAGAAGAUGAAAACUGCUCAUGUCUGGCUGGGUGGAUUGCAUCCAACAAAGGGUGCGAUCAUGGCCAUAUUUCUAACCGUGAAUGUAGAUGUCAUUUCUCAAAAAAUGGGCAACUCAAUGGGGUAGCACUGUCUCCUCCUCUUUCCCUGCAGCAAUGGCAUAUGAGGAAUGUUUUGACAAUUCUUUGGGUGAAGAUGCAUGGGAUCCAUUUUGCGCUAUUGAGGAUGGCCUUUGUUUUGCCCAUUUAACCAGAAACGGGUUACGUAAGUACAAAACUUUUCUGUCUUAUUAAAACUGAGUCUGUGGGCCUACCAUCCCUAGAGUAUCUAGGGAUGACUUGCAUAUGUACGUUCACGAGAAAUGUACGUGUGAAUCUUGAUCUCAUCCUAUGUUGAGAGACAGAAACCAUUUUUUUUUAAAAAGUGGAGAGAUAUUUCAUGUAUUCAGCUGAGUCAUUAAGUGCUGAACCAUUAAAGAACUAGAAAAGAUACAAGGUGUAUAUGUGAGUUUAUACGUGAACCAAGCCUGUGAUUCUGCCUAAAACACUUUGUUUAGUCUGUUGACAUAUAAUGGGCUUGCUGUCUAAGGUGCAUCCAGAAGAUUUCUCUUGCUGAGGUCCAAGAGAUGCUGCCUGGGCACAUUCAUUGAAGAAAGGGCUCAAACUUCCCACCAUUUCUCUUAGUCAAAUGAUCUCACCUCUCCUGUCAAGCCUCUUAUUUGCAAAGAGAAUACUCAAAGGACCUAUUAGAGGGACCAGAGAAACUUGACCAGAAGAAGCCAAGGCUUCUCCACUCCCAUGAGAAGGGAAUGAGCCUUCUAAAAACUGAGCUGCUUUUUGCAGUUUGUUCCCCCCCCCCAACGCCUUUCCAUCACUGGGGCUGCAAGAUGGGAUCUUCUAAGAAAGAACCUUAGGCUGAACUGUUACAUGACUGAAAUGUGUCCCAAUAUAGGACUGUGAUUGAUUAAUCUCUCUCCGCACUCCCCAAAUGUCAAAGUGAGGCUUUAAAAAGUGCCUGGUCUUGUACCACAGUGACAGGCCAUAACAAUAAACAAGAAUGUAAAAUUGCUGGGGCAUCAUCAGGUAAGUGAAUUAACUGACCUGCCAUAGUUUGGAAAUUUGGGCAAAGAGGCAGUAGCCACAGGUUCUGUGCCAAAGGGAUGCUGAGUUUGGGAGCUCUGUAGAAGUGUUCCCCAAACUCCCCCCCUCAAAAAAAAAAAGACCACUUGCCUGUUGUAGUAAUUAUAAUGUGAUGUGCUAAAUGCUGUGUGGUUUUUAAUUCUAACUUUUGUUAUAUUCUUUUAUUUCUUCUUUUGUAUUUUACUAUUUCCUAUGAACUUGACCUGUGAAGUCAACACUCACCACCGCCUUAUUAGCCUUAUCUUUUUCAGGGUUUCCAGUUCUUCUUACUGUCGUAUUCAUUCAUUUCUUAGAUUUCUAUAACACCCUUCAUCCGAGGAUCACAGGGUGCUUUACAAUAUAAAAACACAAAAAUGUAAAACAUAGUAACAUCUUCUGUCUCUCAAAAAUAUAGUUUGAGGCAGCUUCUUGAAUUUGGCCUCUCAAACAACUCCACCUUCUCUCAUUUAUGUGCAAAUUUUACUGGAAAUAUCCUAGAAUAUUUACAUGGUUUUGUUGAUUCUUAAAGAAACAACUUGAAGAAAUAGACUGCUAAAUUCAGUUGUUGAAAUCCCCCCCUUAUAUCACCCAUUUAGCCCCCCAAAAUCAGUAAGCAGCAUACUGUCCCCAAACUUUGCCCCCAAAGACCACUUGCCUGUUGUAGUAAUUAUAAUGUGAGGUGCAAAAUGCUCUUGGGUUUUUAAUUCUUCCUUUAUUACUUCCUUUAUUUAUUUUACUGUAUUUUAUUACUUCAUAUGAACUUGCUCUGUGAAGUGAACAUUCAUAACCCCCAUACUAGCCUUAUCUUUUUCCAGGGUUGCCAGUUCUUCUUACCAUCUCCUUCAUUCAUUUCUGUAAUUUCUACACCACCCUUGCCUCUUAAAAAUAUAGUACAAGGCAGAUUCUUGAGUUGGGCCACUGAAUCAACUCAGUGAAUAUCAGGUAUAGAUGGAUGAACUCACUUUGAGUGCUUACCAGUUUUUGUGUGUAGAAAAACAAGUCUGUCUUCUCCCAUUUAUAUCCAAAUUUCAACAGAAACAUCCUCAACUAUUUACAUGGUUUUGUUAAUUCUUAAAGAAACUAAAUUCAGUGCUUCCAUUCUUUUUCUUAAAUCACCCAUUAAGCCCCAAAAUAUGUUAGAAAGCAUUAUAUAGAUCUCAAUAAGAAUCAUCUUGAUUUUUGUGUGUGGAGAUGUAGUUAUUUCUUUCCAAUUCUCUCUCACAGGUGGCUCUAAAAAAGACAAAUUUGUAGUGGGGUGUACUCCAAAUUGUACCGAAGAGAAUUACAGUUUCACUACAGUAGACGGUUACUUACAGACUAUCCGUGAGUGCUGUGCCGAUUUUCUCUGCAAUGAUGAAAUACAUGAUACUGGUAAGUAGCUGCAUGCUUUUAGAAUUAUAUAUCUGUAUAUAUUCCUAAACAUGAAUAGCAUUGAGGUUUCAAAUUUCUUCCUUGGUUGGUUAUAUAGAAAUGACACUGUUCUAGUCCUUGAUUCAUUCCCCUAGUUUACAUGGGAGAGUGUUAGAAUCAGCAUCACAACCUGUGUUUCAAAGAGAAAGCAUGUGUACUGCCCAAAAGCAUUUAUUGGCAUCAUUUACUGACGAUACUUGGGUGUGUGGAUCCCUCCGGAUGCAUUUUGGGUACUAGAGAGGGGGAAGGAGAGAAUAAUACAUUUCCUCCAUGCUCCUUGCUAUUCCACUUAGCUCUGGGAGUUGUCCUGCUGGGAAGAACUGGGGAGGAAGUGAGUGGAGCCCUCAGUUGCUGCUGAUGGCCCCCCAGCCAGAGAACUACAAAAGCAGCACUGUUGAGAAAAAGGGUGUUGGGAUUGUGAUGAUGGUUUCCUCAGUCAAGGUUUUAAAAUGGCCCCCUGCAUGGGUUGGAUUGUCUGAGUGUACUGCUUGGUGAAAGGAAGGAGUAUUAGGGAAGUGGAGUGUACACUUGUUUGUACACAAACAAAAGAAAAUAUGAUUAUGAAAACCUUUGGUCCAUGCAUACAUCCAUCUUCUCCAGUUUCUGUUUAACAAUGUCUUUUCAGUCUGGGUGUAUCAGAAUCAUUCAUUUCUUUUUCUUACAAAAAGUCCAAGAAAGUUUCCCUAAUUGUUCAUAUUAUUAAUAAACGUUAACCUUUUUCUUUUCUUUUUCUUUUACCUGUAUUAAUUACCACUACCAUUACUCUGUCUUGAAUAAUACUAAAUUCCAUAAAAUGUCCAAAUAAAGUCUCUCAGUUGUGAUCACACAUUGGGUCAGUAUUCAAUUUUUGUUUCUCAUUAUAAUUUGUUGGUUCAUUUUCCAGUUCUGUAUAUUGUGUUCCAUUUCUUUUUGUGUUUAUGAUAGCAUCCCAAAUUUUUCUUCUUGGACCUUCCAUUUUCAUUUUUUUUCUUCAGCCUUUUCCCAUAAAAAGUACCAUAACAUUAUUGGCUCCGGAUUGUAUGCAGAAUACUUUUUCUCUACUAGAACUAAAGAAAGGCCAGGACUGAAGUCCCAAAGCUUUGUCCCUUCUUGACUCCAUCAGUGUCAAAAGCAGAUUAUUAUCACAAUCAGCAUUUGUGAUUUUAUCUUCUACUUCUCCAAAUUCUUGUAUGGAAGUCAUUUCGAUUUCCGCAUGACAAUCUGCUUCCUUCAAUUGAAUUAUUUCCUGAUGCAGUCCUGCCAACUUUUCAUCAAUUUGGUCUGAAGCCUCUGCACAUUCCCCAUUUCCAUUUCCCAUAUUAGAGUCCUCUGGCUCAUUCUUUUCAUCAUCCUCUGACUCAUUUUCUUCUUCAUCAAAUAUUGUUCUGAUCAUUUUUAAUUGUUCAGCCAUCAACGGUUGAAUACUACCAACAGUUAGUGGAUGAUCCAAAUGUGCCUUUGGCAUAAGAGAUACUUUUAAUGUUCUGAAACGUAUUAGCCACUUAAUCCAUUUUAAUGUUUCCUCACAGAAUUGGACUUCCAUAAGUGUGACUGUGUUAUCUUAAAGCAGAUUCCUUUCUGCAGAUUCCUUUCGCAUAGCUAAUUAUGGCUGUGUCACUUUCAUUUUCUCCAGUACUUUAGUGGCAGGGAACAAACAAAGACACAAACAAAAAGUAUUGUGGAUUUUUUACAUACCGGAGUUCCUAUCAUAUGUUUUAAUCUUUCUUGUCCACCAUAAAUCAAGCUUUCUGCUCUACUUUAGACACUUUAAGAAUUAGUUUCCUUUCUGUUUUCUCAACAACAGAAAAUGGUACCCACAGAUUUUCAAUUGUAGAUUCACCCCAACAAAUGGAGGGGUGUCUCUCAUUACAAUGUCAUUGUCCAAGAGAUGCUUUUAAAAGAGAGGGUGUGAUUCUUAUAAGGCAAUUUUGUGGCAUUUGUGCAUGAUGGCCAGCUCAUUCUAAACCCUGUCCAAAUUGCAAGGCCUAGGCUGUAGAAAAAUGACCUUGAUCCCAACAUCUUGGAGCUAACUCCCAGAUCAUCCUUAUGUCCAGAGUGAUUUAAUAGCCAUUCUAUUUGUUUGACUAUUAUCAAUCACCAUGUAAUUAUCUUCUGUCAGGCAGAGCUAGCAGAGAAAUAAUCGCCAUGCCUCUCUCCGGGAAGUCCUACACUGUUACCUGGUGUUUAUGUGUUUGUUUGUGUGUGUGUGUGUGUGUGUGUGUGUGUGUGUACACAUGCAGAGACCUGGGGCCUCUUUUAAGUAUUAAGUGUAUAUAAAUGUAUUACAUACAAAAUAAUAAUAGUAAUAAAUAAAAUGCACAAAAACACAGUUACACACAAACAUACACAUAUAUAUUCUUCUAUAGGUGACAGUACAGUUUGGAACAUCGUAACAAAGAAACAACAUAAUAUACAUACAUAACAUUAUAUACAUAAAUAUAUUUAAUAGUAAUAAGAAAUACAUGCCACAAUGCAUAAUGGAAGAUAAGCAAUGCAGAAAAAGCAGCAGUGGCAAAUUAGCUACAUUGGCAACCCAGCACUGUACUUUACAAGUCAUCCACUACAAUGUACAACUCUUUUUUGCCCAUUUCAGUUGUGACUUUAAAAUAUAACACAUAUUUUAAAACAGUACCAGUAUGAAUAUUAAGAGAAGAAAUGAGAGAAAAACUAUCAGCAGCAUAUUUCUCUCUCUUGAAAGCUAGCUCUUAAUCCCUUCUCCUGCCAAGGACAGAUAGCACCCAAAGCAGAAAACACCAAGCAGAAAGAAACUGCUGUUAAAGUUGCCCUUUCAGGGUCAACCUACCAGGGCUGGCUAAUCACAGGACGGUCUUGCACCCGAAACCUAUCUGUUCUCUCUCUUCCCAUCCCAAAGCACACCAUAAGACAGGCGAAGUCCAGCACCCCAGUUGCUGGCACCUCUGUCUAGUUUUUCAAGGUAGUAACCAAAUCUGCUUGUUUAAUGCCAGAAGCAGAGUGCAGUGGAGAAUACUGCAACCACCUCUGAGAAUUAUAGAACUGUAAUGUAGGAAUUUUUAUGGAGAUAUAUGGGUUGGAUCUAGGUGUUAACUGUAGUCAUUGCUUUUGAUAGACAUAGAACGUGUUCGCAAUCGGCGAAAGUGUGAGGCCUGUCGUGCAUCUGGUUCAGAAGGUUGUCCGGACUUGGAAACUAUCAGUUGUUAUGGGAAUGAGACUCAAUGCAUUUCAUUCGUCCUUGUUCAUAGUAAGUAGCAUUGCCAGCCAAGGAGUGGGAGAGGAGACACACAGCCUGCCAGGGUGCAUGGGUUGCUGUCAUUCUGUUUGAGGCUUCAUGCCAGAAAAUAGUUUGAAUGUGUGUUGCGGGGGCAGGUUUUAUUUUUCUUGAAAAUAUUACAGUGUUAAACUCACUUUUGCUUCAUAUUUAUAUAGAUGAGCCUGUAUAUUUCGGUGGGGGGGGUGAGAAAUAGAGAAAUAAUCUGUUUGUUAAUUUACAUGCGAGACUGUUUUUUAAAAGAGGGUUUUCGUUAGCCUUUUUUGAAAAGUAAAAGCAGCCAUGGAGCUCUGAUCUGGAAUGCAAUUUCAGUGUGGAUUGGGCCCCUCUCCCAUAAUAACUAAAAGAGAAUUUAGUUAAUUUUUUUCUACAUUUUAAACAUAUGUGUGAUAUUCAGCUAUACAACGUUUAGAAGACAUCUGACAGCAGCUGGGGCAACCCAUUCAGGUGGGCAGGGUAAUAAGAAUAAGAAUAAGAAUAAGAAUAAGAAUUCAUCUCAUGAUGUGAUUCUGACGUGCUUUAUAUACUUGUGCAAUACCAUUAACAAUAACAACAAAGUUCCUAUUCUGUCUCUUCUGCACAAACCCACAUCCAUUACUACCCAUUACUCCUGUGACCGUGCCCCUUUCUCUUUACCAGAUAACAGUUUGGUUCCUGAUGUAUCUUAUAAAGGCUGUGCAACCCCGUCUUUUUGUGAGUUGGCGAGGACAUCACCGUAUAAUGGAUACUUUUUGGGCACUAUAACCCAGGCAAGAUGCUGUGACACUCUGCCUUCCCCACAGCCGCUUAACUUUGAAGGGUAAUUAGGAGAGGAGAAUACCUUCUUCCUUUUGGAGUCCACCACUUAAUGGAGGUGAAGGUUGCUUGUCUAUGGUGGGAUUGCAGAGCGACUGGGAUUCACAGGACCCUUGAUUUUGAGUCCUCUAUUUUGGAAAUGUGGUGCAGGGGUUAGAGAAGCUAAAGUAGAAAUAUGGGUUUUGGGGGCUUUGCCUCACGAUAUACGCGUUAAAUUUUCCUUUGUUCACAAUCAAAAUAAAUUGUUGUUGCUGUAACAUCUGUGUUGUGUUUCAGUAUUUAUCUAAUUAAGGAUAUUUGGUCAUGGUGUUGGAGAAGGGCGAUGUUCUUAGAAGGAUCAAAUUG